GAAAAAGGCAACCGGUUCUGGCAAGCUCAGCGGAAGAAAAAAAAAGCGGGAGCUAAGAAGAGUCCCACGACCAAAGUCGAACGGAAGAUCUCCCGCUGUCUCUCCCAACUGCAUUUCCCUUUCUCCUUCUCGUUCAACUCGCUCGCUCUCUUCAACUCCCCCCUGAAAAUGCCAGUUGCUGCUCGCGAGCUGACCGUGCUCGGCGAGUUCAAGCCAUUUGGCCUCGUCGCCGAAGCUCUCGACGGCAAGCCUCAAGACGGGAGUGUCGUCUCCGACAAGUACGACUACUUCCUUUUCGACGCCGACACCGUCCGGGAAGGAAACGGAGCUGAUGACUCGAUCAAUUCUGCGAUGAGCGAUCACUGCGACCACGAGCUCUUCAUUAGGGGAAACAAGAUCUUAUGGUCUACUGGAGCAAGAAUUUUCAAGAGAAUCACCCUGCCAUCGGCAGUUGCCAUGGCGUGCUGGUGUCGGUUGGGUGAAGCAUCUGAAGCCUGCCUAUGUAUAUUGCAAGCGGAUACCCUAACAGUAUAUAGUAUCUCCGGGGAAGUGGUAUAUGUUCCUCUGCCUUGUGUAAUCACAUCGAUAUGGCCCCUCCCGUUUGGUUUACUACUUCAGGCAGCUUCUGAAGGCAUUCGGUCAAUGCAACCUUCUCAGUCAGCAAGCCUGUCACUAGGUUCACACGAUAGAAUGUAUCCUAAGAGAGAGACAAGGCAGUCCCCGCAAGACCAUUUUGGCAUCUUUGGUCCAUCUGAUUUUGGGAUCAACAAUCAGAUGGGUACAAUGUCCUCGCAUUUGAUUCUGCAGGAUCUGUUGGAAGAACCACAUGUAUCCAACUUUUGUAGAAGAGAGAGGAAAAUGGAGCAUAAUGAAGGACUUGGACGAGAAAACAAUAUGGACCAGCGAUCGGAUUCCUUUGAUGGCAUCAUAUAAUCGAGGGCUAUCACAGCACUCGGUUUGGGUUGCUGAAACAAUCAAUUCUGAUUUUGAGGUGGCAAAUGGUAGCUCAACUGAUGGGGUUCCUUCGUGUCUAUCCACCAAACCAAUCGCCUUUCGAAGAAUUUGGCAGGGGAAAGGUACCCGAACGGCAGCUUGUAAGGUUUUUCUGGCUACCGAUGAUGAUGCAAGUCCUCUCAUUUGUUUUCUUUUUCAAGAACAAAAGAAGCUGUUGUCUUUGAGACUUCAAGCAAUUGAUAUCAAUAAUGAGAUUGUCUUUGAUAUUCAACCUGACAUGAGUUGGAGCAUUCCGGCAAUAGCAGCAGCACCUGUGGUUGUGACACGUCCAAGGGUGAAAGUGGGUCGGCUACCAUAUGCUGACAUUAUUGCUUUGGCCCCUGAUAAUACUCUUUUCCUUUAUUCAGGACGGCAAUGCCUGUGCAAAUAUUUGUUGCCAUCGUGUUUGGGUAUGGAUCAUCUUUCCUCUCCGCCGGAGCUCUCAAGUAGCACAGCCAUUCACCAGGAUUCAAAAGUUUUAGGAUUGGCUGAUGCCGUGGAGGGGCGGUUCAAUCUGGUAGUAAACAAUGGGCAGAUGUUUCGAUGUCUUCUUCGGAGCAGCCUUUCAUGUGCAUUGGUGAAUGAUUGUGUCACUGCAAUGGCUGAUGAGCUCUCUCCUAGCUUGUACAACCAUUUCCUUCUUCUUCUCUGGGGUGAUAGUGAUUCUGACUAUUUGAUGAAUGGUAAUUCCAGUGUGCACUCAGAAUGGGAUUCAUUCUGUUGUGUCAUACUCAGACUUUUUGGGGAUUCUGGUUCGCUGAAGUAUGUUAACUCGCCACAAUCUUCAUCUUGGGAAUUCCUCAUGCACAGCAACUUUCACAGGGAUUACAGGAAAUUUAACUUUAUUGGUGGAAUUUCCUCUUCAUCACUUGACGUGGUGAAAAUUGAUUCCCAGGGAUCCGUGAAGGAAGGCAAAUUUAGUGUUCAAAGCUCGCUCCAUUUGGAGCUGUUAAGGGAGACCUUGGGUUGUCUACAUGCACUGUAUGAGACUCUGAAAUUGGACAGUCUACGGCAAGGGGACUUGGAACUUCUGGCCAACUUAUUAUGCAAUAUUGCUGCAGUUCUUGGAGAAGAAGGUUAUUUAGAUCAUUAUGUUCGUGAUUUUCCUGGUCUUUAUAAGAAAAUCACAAGAUUUGUUACUCCAUCCCAGAAAGCUCCUCCUAGUUUAUUCCGAUGGCUUGAACAGUGUCUGCAACAUGGUUGUAAUUCUGCAAAUGCGAGUGAUAUUCCUCCUCUGAUUUGCAAAGAUGGAAGUUCUGUUGUGAACUUGGCACGAAAGAUAAUUUCUUUCUACAGUGUGUUAUGUGGUGGUGAACAGAUCGGUAAGAAGGUAUCUUCUGGAGUUUACUGUAACAUUGCUCCAGGCUCGUUCUGUUCCAGUGAGGAGUUGACUGUCUUGGCAAUGGUUGGGGAAAGGUUUGGACUGCAACAGCUUGACACACUGCCUUCUGGUGUGUCUCUUCCUCUGCGACAUGCUCUGAAUGCAUGCCGGGAGUCUCCACCUACUGACUGGCCUGCAGCUGCAUAUGUUCUUCUUGGCAGAGAAGAUUUGGCUUUAUCACGUUUGCCACCUUCCCUCAAAUCUAGGGAUCUCGAAAGCCGAUCUGAUAUGAAUUUAAUCUCUAUGUCUACACCUUACAUGCUACAUUUACAUCCAGUGACCGUGCCUUCCACUGUUUCUGAAACAGUGGGACCAGAAAGUCCCCAAUUGGAGGGUACAGAUUCCUCUGAUAUGUGCGUGGUGGAUGGGAUGGAACAUAUCUUCACCUCUAGCACUCAGUUGCGUUAUGGUCGUGAUCUGCGGUUGAAUGAGGUUAGACGUGUUUUGUGCUCUGCUCGACCUGUUGCUGUCCAAACAUCUGUUAACCCCAGUGCUACAGACCAGGAUAUUCAGCAGACUCAAUUAUGGCACCUUGCCCAAAGAACCACUGCUCUUCCUCUUGGUCGUGGGGCAUUUACUUUAGCAACCAUAUCUACCCUUUUAACUGAGGCAUUUGCUGUCCCCAAGCUUGUUUUAGCAGGUCGGUUACCCGCGCAACAAAAUGCAACUGUCAAUUUAGAUCCCAAUAUAAGAAAUAUACAAGAGCUUAAAUUGUGGCCCGAGUUUCAUAAUGCUGUUGCAGCUGGACUACGGUUGGCACCCCUUCAGGGUAAGGUGUCAAGAACAUGGAUACUUUACAACAAACCGGAGGUACCAAAUGUUGUUCAUGCUGGACUCCUCCUUGCGCUAGGGUUACAUGGAUAUCUGCAUGGGUUAACCAUUUCAGACAUAUACAAGUAUUUCACUGAGGAACAUGAAAGCACAACCGUCGGACUAAUGCUAGGGCUUGCAGCAUCUUAUAGGGGAACCAUGCAUCCUGCAAUAUCAAAGUGUCUAUACUUUCACAUACCUCCACGGCAGUCUUCUUCACUUGCUGACUUGGAGUUACCUUCCCUUCUUCAGUCAGCUGCUUUAGUAUCAGUUGGAAUCCUCUUCGAGGGGUCAGUGCACCCACAAACAAUGCAGAUUCUUUUGGGUGAGAUAGGUCGCAGAAGUUCUGGUGAUAAUGUACUUGAAAGGGAGGGUUAUGCUGUUUCUGCAGGAUUCUCAUUAGGCCUUGUUGCCUUGGGUCGAGGAAACUAUGCAUUUGGUUUAGUUGACAGUUUAGUGGAUAGGUUGUUCCACUACAUUGGCAGCAAAGAACUUCACCAUGAGAGGCCUUUAUCAUUUAAUCUAUCGGCCGAUGAAUCCAAUCGUGGUGCUGGGCAGAUGACGGAUGGAACCUCAGUUAGUAUUGAUGUUACUGCACCUGGAGCUAUUAUUGCCCUUGCUUUGAUGUUUUUGAAGACGGAGUCAGAGGCAAUUGUGUCAAGAUUGUCUAUUCCAAAAACCCGAUAUGAACUGCAGUAUGUGAGGCCAGACUUCAUAAUGCUUCGUGUCAUUGCACGAAAUUUGAUAAUGUGGAGCAGUGUGCAGUCCUCCAAGGGAUGGAUUCUCAGCCAGAUUCCAGAGAUUGUGCAAGCUGGAGUCAGAGGUCUUGUUGAUGACAUGAAUGAUAUCGAUGAAAUGGAUGCUGAAACAUUUGUUCAGGCAUAUGUCAAUAUAGUGGCUGGGGCAUGCAUUUCUCUUGGUUUGAGAUUUGCGGGCACAAGGGAUGGAAAUGCACAAGAGCUGCUCUAUGAAUGUGCUCUUUACUUCCUGAAUGAGAUCAAACCUGUAAGUGCUACUAAAAAUGGUACUUGCUUUCCGAAGGGUUUGUCCCGUUACGUCGACAGGAGUACGUUGGAAAUAUGCCUUCACCUUGUAGUUCUUGCACUCUCUGUGGUUAUGGCUGGUUCUGGACAUCUUCAAACAUUUAGGUUGUUGAAGUUUCUUCGUGGUCGCAGCUCUCCUGAUGGUCAUACUAAUUAUGGCAUUCAGAUGGCUGUAAGCAUGUCGAUUGGGUUCUUAUUUCUUGGAGGAGGAAUCCGGACAUUUUCCACUAGCAAUGGCGCUAUUGCUGCUUUGCUUAUUUCACUAUAUCCACGUUUACCUACUGGACCCAACGACAACCGUUGCCACCUCCAGGCAUUCAGGCAUUUAUAUGUCCUUGCCACCGAAGCUCGUUGGGUUCAGACCGUCGAUGUUGACAGUGGGUUGCCUGUUUAUGUCCCCCUUGAAGUCACCAUCAAGGAGACUGAAAAUUACUCAGAAACCAGUUUCGGUGAGGUCACACCUUGUAUUUUGCCCGAGCGUGCUAUUUUGAAGAAGGUGCAAAUUUGUGGUCCUCGAUAUUGGUCACAAAUAAUCGAGCUUGUCCCUGAAGAUAAACCUUGGUGGAGUUUUGGGGACAAGAACUCACCAUUCAAUUCGGGUAUUCUCUACGUAAAGCGGAAGGUUGGAGCUUGCUCAUACGUAGAUGAUCCAAUUGGGCGGCAGUCAUUGCUGUCCCGAGCAAUGCACAAGGUUUUUGGGUUGACAAGUGCGAAAGCAUGGGAGGGAACUAACAACGGACAUGGUUCUCUCACAGUUGAUCAGUUGGUCAGUACAUUCUCUUCUGAUCCUAGCUUAAUCGCCUUUGCACAACUCUGCUGCGAUUCUUCCUGGAAUAGCAGGUCGGAUGUUGACUUCCAGGAGUUUUGCUUGCAAGUACUAUUUGAGUGCAUUAGCAGAGACAGACCAGCUCUUCUUCAGGUGUAUUUGUCUUUAUAUACUACACUAGCUUCCAUGGCCGACCAAGUCAGCAACCGGACUCUCAUUUUCCGACAUUCCCUUGUCAUUUCCAGUCUGAAGCUUGCACUCACGUACAACGAAUCAGUCUUGAGAGGGAAGCUAACCACUUCACAGGGCAGCAUUGUUCAGUCCACCUUCUUAGGCUCGAUCAAGAAAAGAGUGGAAGAGCUCUUAACCCGAUCCGAACUUUCUGUCGAUCUCCGCUGCUACUUGAGCUCCGGGAGCUGGCCGAAUGAAGAGCCCAACGCUGUGCUUCUUUCAUGGUACCUCCAGUGGUUCGGAAUGCCUACCCCGGCCACACUCAACGCCGCGGCAGCGAAGUUAAACUCCAAGAGGUUGCCGCCGUCUGUUCCCUUGUUUCGCUUGUUGCUGCCCAGAACCGAUGUGAAUGCAGUAAGCCAUGUUGUUAAUAUGUUAUCUGCGCAACAAAGCCGGUGAGACUUCUUUGGAUGGUCGUUAUGGCCUCCAUACUACACCCUCUUAUUUAAAUUGGUCGAUUAAUGUAUUAAUCUCGUGUGUUGUAAUAUUAUUAUAUACUAGUUAUGUGGCACCCGCUUCUCUGUGGCGAGUAGGAUAAAUUCAUUUGAAACGUACAUUGAUAUGGUGUACAAUAUUUAUAUAUAAAAAAAUACGAUAUCUUUUUGGG